CGUUUGCACUGACGUCACACAUUUCCCAUAACACUUAGCGAAGCGCCAUUUUGGUGGGCAAACAAUCUCCUCGCGACGGCCUUUUCUGUAUUGUUCUGUAUUAAGGAAGUAUCGAAAUGGGUUAUUCUUGUGCAAUUAUAGGUUGUUCAAAACGUUAUGGACGGGAUAAAUUGUAUAGAUUUUACAGAUUACCAUCUGUAGUCACUAGGGAAGGCAAGGAGCACGAGGAGUUAACGAGAAAACGGCAAAGAAAGUGGCUUGAGAACAUAAGCAGAUCGGAUAUCAAGACGUCAAGCUACAACAAUAUUCGUGUGUGUAGCGACCAUUUUGUGAGCGGUCAACCUUCAUACUUAUAUGAUCAGACGAAUCCCGAUUGGGCACCAACUAGAAAUCUAGGACAUAUGAAAAUCAGUGAGGCCAGUGUGAAGAAAUCAAUUGAACGGAACCAACGUUUAAACAAACGAAGAUCAAACAUCAUUAAAAGAAGAAAUAAUGAUAGCCGUCUUCCUGUAAGUGAUGAUGAUGCCGGUGCAGCUAAUGAAACAUUGACUGCUGUUGACGAAGAAAUUCCCAGAGUUGAAGCUGAACUGAAUGGCGAUGAAUGUUUCGGACCUGUAAAUGAAGACUGCCAAACUGACUUAUCUUCUAAAGACAUUGCUAGCUUAGAAAAAUGUUUAGAGAAUGCGAAUGACGAAAUUUACAGACUCCGAAAUCAAAUUGUAGAUUUAAGCUUCAAUAUGGACUCAUUUAGAAAUGAUGAUGCUAAAGUACGAUACUUCACAGGCCUACCAAAUUUUCAGGUAUUGUUGACUGUCUAUAAUUUUGUAGCACCAAGCAUCACGACAACACAAAGGAACUCAUUAACCAAAUUUCAAGAACUGUUAAUAGUGUUGAUAAGACUGCGAUUGAAUUCGUCAUUCCAAGAUUUAGGAUACAGGUUUUCUGUCUCAGUGUCCACGAUAAGCCGAAUUUUUUAUCGUUGGUUACCAGUGUUGGAUGAGAGACUUUCCUUUUUGAUUUGCUGGCCUGAGAGGGAACAGCUCCAAAAAACCAUGCCUGUUGCCUUCUGAAAGUCCUUUGGAACAAAGGUUGCCGUUAUUGUUGACUGCUUUGAAGUCUUUAUCGACAGGCCCUCAACUUUGUCAGCCCGUGCAAUGACGUGGUCAAGUUAUAAGCAUCAUAACACUGCCAAGUUUUUGAUAGGUAUCACGCCUCAAGGCGUAAUUUCAUUUAUAUCAAAUGCAUGGGGGGGUCGUGUCAGCGAUAAGCACAUAACGGAAAACUGUAAAUUACUAAACAAUUUAUUGCCAGGAGAUUUGGUUUUGGCAGACAGAGGUUUCGAUAUUGCGGACAGUGUAGGCCUAU